AAGUGUGUUUUGUCGGAAAAAAGAAAACAGUGAUCCGUUGAAAUGUCGAUUAAGCGUAACGAAAAGGAUUAUCCGUACAUAGAUUUGGGACAGGGAUACACAAUCCACGUCCAAGCGGACGAGUUCACCGAUCCCGAACUGAAGGCCAAGGCAGAAAAGGAGCUGAACGAGACGCCGGAAAAUGUGGAAAAAGCUCUCACCGAAUUGCGCAAUCUACUGAAGGCAGAAAAAGAUCUUUUCGUCCCGGUGGAAAAUGACUCAUUCCUGGUGACGUUUCUUCGACCGUGUCUGUACGAUUCAGCAAAGGCGUUCCAAAUGAUUCAGUAUGUGUACCGGUUGAAGGCCAAAAGCUCGGAAUAUUAUGAGAAUACACCGAAUCCCAGCUCGGUGCGGCACGUGUUUGACGAGGAAAUGAUUUGGUUCAUGCCGGAACGGGACGCCGAUGGAGCAGCUUUGUGCGUUGUAGAAGUUGGAAAAAAAUGGAACACAUCGAAGGUGUCGAUCAUCGAACUGAUCGCUGCCAUUCGAAUUAGCGUCGAAUGUGCCCUGCUCGAUCCGGAAACCCAACUGCAUGGAAUUAAGGUCAUCUUCGACACCGAAGGCCUUUCGAUGUCGCAAAUUGCCCAGAAUACUCCCAAACACGCCUGCAUGAUUCUGGACUGGGUUCAAAAAGCGUGCCCUUUCCGGUUACAGGGCGUUCAUGUCGUCAACAACUCGAUGUUGUUCAACAUCCUGUUCGCUAUCUUCAAGCCGUUCAUCUCCAAAGAACUACGCGAAAAGAUCUUCUUCCACAACAAAGACUGGAAAUCGCUCGCGAAACAGAUCAGCCCCAGCUGUUUGCGGCCCAAAUACGGUGGAUCACUGCCCGCUCCCGAGUACGAAGGUCGGCUGCUCGGUGAUUUUCUGCAGCUAUAUGACAAACAUUUUGAUACCCUCGAUUCGUAUGGAUACGUUGAUGCCGCCAGCCAGCGGAGAUCAAAGUGAUCGUAUGAUUCAAUCCCAUCGCGCAGCUGCUCGCCCUAUUUGCCACUGCCUACUUAGCGACUCGA